CCCCUGCCAGUGAAGUGGAGUAUUUUGAAGACCGGAAAAGAGUCGGUGUUGCAAGGACAAAGAACAGUGCAGACAGUCCACCCGUAACAAUGGACAUCAAGAGCGACUCAAAGAUUGAGAGGAAAAAACGUGUCUCAAACCAGCUGAAGGCAAAUGCACACUUUCAUAAGCUGUUCAUGGAGGUUCCUGUGGAUGAACCACUGAAACAAAGUUUUACCUGUGCUCUGCAGAAAGAAAUUCUGUACCAAGGAAAGUUAUUCCUUUCUGAAAACUGGAUUUGCUUCCAUUCCAAGGUUUUUGGUAAAGACACUAAGAUUAGUAUUCCUGUGCUCUCCGUGACGCUACUGAAGAAAACCAAAACUGCCCUUCUUGUGCCAAAUGCUCUGAUCAUAGCAACAGUUACAGAUAAAUACAUGUUUGUCUCCUUGCUCUCUAGAGAUAACACCUACAAACUAUUAAAAUCCAUCUGUGGACAUCUUGAGGAUACCAGUGUUGGCAACAGUCCCAAUCCCUCUUCUCUUGAAAACAGUUUCAGGGCUGAUCGUCCUACAACUCUGCCACUGGAUUUCAAUGAAGACUAUUCGGAUCUGGAUGGCAUAGUGCAACAGCGGAGGAAAGAGAUGGAGGAGUCCAGUAGUACAGGCUCCCAAACCCCGGAGCUGGAACGCUUCCAAGAUUAUCAUGUUAUUGAGACACAGACCCACUUAAAAGUUUCCAAGACCGAGGGGAAGUCCAUCCGUUCGGAUGCACACAGUAAACGUGUACUUGAAGGAAAAGCCAGGAACACUCCUCRGAAUGCAGGUCAUUCUGAAGCCUUCAGGUUCCUCCACAAAGUGAAGUCCCAGAAACUUGUAUCUCUGAACCAAAUACUGAUAUUUUAUGCAGUUCUACAACCAGUUCGCCAAGGUUUGGGAUCUCAUCUGCAAGUUAAUGCYGAUGCCCUCUGUGAUGAGUUAACUGCUAAUCUUAUAAAAUUGGAAAAGAUACAAAACAACUUGCAAAGACUACUUGAAGAUGGUGAAUGAAAUGUGGAUGUUCUUAGAGUGCUUCACACCUCUGUCUUCUGCUCCUGACAAACAGUUCCAAAAACACUCUGCUGGCCAGGGUUCAAGCUUCUUAUUUUUGAUCCAAGCCAAGUUUAAACUACUGUGCAUCUCCUGUCACAAUGUAGAAAGUCUGUCUAUUCUUGAACAAUUACAUAUAUCUCCAUAUUUUGAAAAUAAGGGUUUUUUUCUUUCCUAGUGAUGUGUGAAAUAAUAGUCUUUAUAGCUUGUUUGAUUCUUGACUUGCUUAUACCAGUGUAAACCUGGUGUAAGUGUGUUUACCUCAGCAUCUGUUUCUUUUUUCCUGUACUUUCUCAUACAAGUGUAAAGGGGAAGAAGGACCCAUCACACGCAGCAGUGUGUUGUGUGAAUGAGCUGGGUAUCRUAACAGUGGCUGUGAGCCGAGGCUUUUCCCUCCUUCCUGGCCGAGCCUCCUCAAGGCCACAGAACAGACCUCUCUGCAUUUGAUUCCGCCUAGUGCUCAGCCUUGAGUAAGUGCUCGGGUCUCSGGGGUGGAGGGGCUCAGUUCCCCUGCCAGAGGCAGGGCCGCCUCCUGCUGCUGGGCGUUCGUUUUCCACCAGRGUCAAGCCAGGAAUACGUACGGCCUCACCAACCCAUGAGUCAGAGUGCUGUAGUUAGCAGUGCCAGUGAGACGUGCCGUAGAGAAGGUGCUGCAGUUUCCUGCCCACUCACAGAGUCUCUCGGUGCCCAGAGCCACGGCCAGCGCUUCCCAGCGUCGUGUGGAGUCCUGGUUGGCCAAGCAAGUGCCUUUCCUGUUCCACUCCUGGGCCUCUGGCCUUUGUCUGUGACUCCGGACACGGACACGGGGCUUUUCCACAUGGUGGGAGCUCCAGGAUUAGUGAGGUAGCAGUAGCAACCGUUUCAGUGCAGUCAAUGACAUAAAGGGGAUAACUGCUUUGUUAUAUUCAACUUGUUUUCACAGUGCCUGAGAUGGGAUAACUGUGUUUUUGUUUUGCUCUCUGAUUCACCAAGCAGG